AUGGGUGGGCCUACUUUGAGCAACCUCCCGCUGGUCCCUGGAGAUCAGUUCCGAUCCGACUGUCUCGAUCCGUGCGAUCCGAUGGGCGGCCUGGUGCCGAAAGCCAAGAAGAUUAGCAAAGAGGAGGCCAAGAACAUGCAGGCAGAUCUUAUGGAGGGCGAGGACAGCGACGACGAGUACCAGAUGGAGAAGGACGCGCUGCGUGCCAUGGAGGCGGGUGGCCGCGACAGCCUGGCCGCGGCCUACGAAGCCAUGGCCGCCAAGGAGAUCGUCUACGACACCUUUGCGGACGAGCUGCGGGCUGGGUACUCUGCUCGCCUGCAAGUGCGUGAAGCAUGGCUGGAGGAGAUCAACCAGUUCCAUGAGGAGCGCGAGGCAGCAGCGAAGAACAAGAACAAGCUGACCGGAACGGCUAAGAGCCUCAGGUUCGGCACGGCCAUCGCGCACAAGCGUAUUCCUGGCUGGCCUGCCGGGGGCAUGCACGAGCAUGGCUGGUGACGCGGCCCUUUUUUUUCUUUUUUCGGAGCCAUGUGUUUUGGGUGGUUCCGACAUGGGGUCCA